AUGAAAAAUCGCGUCAUCCGGAACUUCCUAACGCAGAUCAUAAUUAUAAUGGCUUUAUUAUUGGGUUCCAGAAACUGCAUAGACAGCUUAACUUAUGACAUUCAGGACGUCCAGACCAUAAUUAGUGAAAUAGUUUCAAAAAUUGGGACUUUGAAUUACACCUCUUGGAAAUUUCCUGACAAAUUGGCCUGUUCCGUAAAUAUUGAGGAAUUAGUGAAACAUUAUUCAUUUAGUAAGAACCAGGAAGACAAUCAAACAUCACAUAUCAUGCUUUUUGAACUUUUAAUCGAUAGAUUAUUUCUAGUACUGUGUACCUUUUUAGAUUCCAUCCAAAAACACCUCAAAAAGUCAUCAACUACAACACCAAACUCCGCUAAUAACAUUAAAUCUAUUGGCCUCGUCGUCAAAAAAUGCUGGAAUGGUCUCACAAAGUUGUUUCUAUUAGCACAAGAUCAUUCUGCAAAGAACACUUCAAAUGACAUCAGACAAAUUUUUCCUAAUCCGUUUAAUAACGUCCAAAAAGAAACUACCAACCAAGCUUCGCAAACGACAGAAACGACAUUUGCGAUCGCCUGUUCUUCGUGCAAAGUUUUCCAACUAGCUCUAUCGUCAUUGUCUUCACUGAUCAAGGAGACUAACAAUAAUGUUAACAGGACAAAUGCUAUUGAUACGCAUAGUAUUUGGAUUUCAGAGAAAGAUAUAGAUUCCAGCAUCGAGAAGCACAGAGAUAUCUUAAAAAACAUUCAACAAUCAUUUCAGAAUCUAAUGAAUGACAAACAAAAGUUAACAAACGCCGCGAAACUGCACGAGAAUAAUUUACAGAAUAAAGAGAAUUUGAUAAAUAAAUUGAAGAAGCAGUUGGACAUUAAUGGCGAAACGUUCAAUGAAAAGAUUAAAAGUCUUGAAUCCGAUAAGAAGAAAUUGGAAACUGAGAAAUCGGAUCAGAUGCUAGCCAAAGAGAAAGAAUUGAAGGGAUUAUUAGAUAGAUGGAAAAGAGAAAUAGAAGAAUUAAAGAAAGAGUUGACGUUAAAAGAAAGUUUCAUACAUAAAUUAGGUAGUGAAGUUAACGGUUUACAAAAAGAAUUGAAAGAAAACGAGGCGAGAAAAAUGAAGUUAUCAGAAGAGUUUCAAACAAAUUUGAAAAAGUUGAAUGAACAUUUAGCUGCUGCUACUGCGGAUUUGAAGAAGGCAGAUGAAGAAAUUGCAAAGGAGAGAUUGAAACAUCAGCUCUUCAACGAUGGAUUAUCGAAUCUGCAGCAGAAAUAUGACAAGUUGAUUCAACGUUUGGAUGAAUUUAAUACGAAAAAUGAAGAUCUGGUCGUUCGUUUGAAGAGAUCUGAAGAGAAAAACGUACAAAAUAACGAGAUAUUAUCUGCUUUGAGAGCCAAAUUAGUUGAAAAAGAGAAAUACUUACAAAACUUGUCAUUAAAUGGGGCAAACAUUGGGAGUGGCCGAUCACCGAGAAGUGAAUUUCUAUCACCGCGGCAAAAUUUGAGCCAUAAAGAAGAAUUCAAGAAAAGGAAAAGCAGUUCAAACGUUCUGAAAAAGUUCUCGAAGGAUAAUAAACCACGUAACAUGAACAUUUAG